GUUUCAAAGGUGUAUGCGUAGACUGGACAAGAAAGUUGCUCAUCUACAGAAACGACUCAUGAAAUGGCCACAGAUGAUAAGACUUCCCCUACAUUGGACUCUGCUGAUGAUUUGCCUCGAUCUCCUACUAGUCCUUCUCACCUCACACACUUUAAACCUUUGACUCCUGAUCAGGACGAACCUCCUUUUAGAUCAGCGUAUAGUUCUUUUGUAAAUCUCUUUCGAUUUAACAAAGAGAGAGGAGAAGGGGGUCAGGGAGAGCAACCGUCUCUGAGUGGAAGUUGGACCAGCCCUCAGCUCCCUUCAAGGACACAAUCUGUGAGAUCACCUACACCUUAUAAAAAACAGCUUAAUGAGGAGCUCCAGCGGCGAUCUUCAGUGAUAGCAGAGGACAGUUUGCGACACCCCCAGGAGAACACAGAUACCAGAAGGAAGGCAGAACCUGCCUUUGGAGGUCAUGACCCUCGUACAGCUGUUCAGCUCCGAAGCCUCAGCACAGUAUUAAAACGCCUCAAGGAAAUCAUGGAGGGGAAGAGCCAGGAUAGUGACCUGAAGCAAUACUGGAUGCCAGAUAGCCAGUGUAAAGAGUGCUAUGACUGUAAUGAGAAAUUUACCACUUUUAGACGCAGACACCACUGCCGACUGUGUGGGCAGAUUUUCUGCAGUCGUUGCUGCAAUCAAGAAAUCCCUGGAAAAUUUAUGGGUUAUACAGGGGACCUCCGAGCCUGUACAUACUGUAGAAAAAUAGCCUUAAGUUAUGCUCAUUCCACAGACAGUAAUUCCAUUGGUGAAGACUUGAACGCUCUUUCAGAUUCUGCUUCCUCUGUGUCUGUACUUGAUCCGAGUGAACCCCGAACACCUGUAGGGAGUAGAAAAGCCAGCCGCAACAUAUUUUUAGAGGAUGAUUUUGCCUGGCAAAGUUUGAUUCAUCCAGACUCCUCAAAUACUGCUCUUUCAACAAGACUUGUAUCUGUUCAAGAGGACGCUGGGAAAUCUCCUGCUCGAAAUAGAUCAGCCAGCAUUACUAAUCUGUCACUGGAUCGAUCUGGGUCUCCCAUGGUACCAUCAUAUGAGACAUCUGUCAGUCCCCAGGCUAACCGAACAUAUGUUAGGACAGAGACCACUGAGGAUGAACGCAAAAUUCUUCUGGACAGUGUUCAGUUAAAAGACCUGUGGAAAAAAAUCUGCCAUCACAGUAGCGGAAUGGAAUUUCAGGAUCACCGCUACUGGCUGAGAACUCAUCCCAACUGCAUUGUAGGAAAGGAGUUAGUCAACUGGUUAAUCCGAAAUGGACACAUUACUACGAGGGCACAAGCUAUAGCAAUUGGACAGGCAAUGGUGGAUGGACGUUGGCUGGAUUGUGUCAGUCAUCACGACCAGCUCUUCAGGGAUGAGUAUGCGCUGUACAGACCGCUGCAGAGUACAGAAUUUUCCGAGACCCCUUCUCCGGACAGUGACUCAGUGAAUUCUGUGGAAGGACACUCUGAGCCAUCCUGGUUUAAAGACAUAAAGUUUGAUGACAGCGACACAGAGCAGAUAGCUGAAGAAGGUGACGAUAAUUUGACCAAUUCUGCCAGUCCUAGCAAGCGCACAUCAGUAAGCAGUUUCCAGUCCACAGUGGACAGUGACUCAGCCGCUUCUAUCAGCCUGAACGUGGAGCUGGACAACGUGAACUUCCAUAUCAAGAAGCCCUCCAAGUACCCACAUGUGCCCCCUCACCCUGCUGACCAAAAAGAGUAUUUGAUUUCUGACAAUGGAGGACAACAGCUCUCAAUAAGUGACGCCUUCAUCAAAGAAUCCUUAUUUAACCGUCGAGUUGAGGAAAAAUCCAAAGAGCUGCCUUUCACACCUUUGGGUUGGCAUCAUAACAACCUGGAGCUGCUGAGGGAGGAGAAUGGAGAGAAACAAGCCAUGGAGAGGUUGCUCUCAGCUAAUCACAACCACAUGAUGGCACUACUCCAGCAGUUGCUCCACAGUGAGUCAUUGUCACCAUCUUGGAGGGACAUCAUUGUAUCACUAGUCUGCCAGGUUGUUCAGACAGUCCGACCUGAUGUCAAGAACCGGGAUGAUGACAUGGAUGUCCGUCAGUUUGUCCACAUCAAAAAAAUCCCAGGUGGAAAGAAGUUUGAUUCUGUGGUUGUCAGUGGGUUUGUUUGUACCAAGAAUAUUGCCCAUAAAAAGAUGAAUUCUUCUAUUAAAAACCCCAAAAUUCUUCUGUUGAAGUGUUCCAUUGAGUAUCUCUACAGAGAAGAAACUAAAUUUACUUGCAUUGAUCCUAUUGUGCUUCAGGAAAGGGAAUUCUUGAAGAACUACGUUCAGCGAAUAGUUGAUGUUCGGCCCACAUUGGUUUUAGUUGAGAAAACAGUAUCUCGAAUUGCCCAGGAUAUGUUACUGGAACAUGGCAUUACUUUGGUCAUUAAUGUAAAAUCACAAGUUUUAGAACGAAUCAGUCGGAUGACCCAAGGUGAUUUGGUGAUGUCGAUGGACCAGCUGCUUACAAAACCUCACCUGGGCACCUGUCACAAAUUUUACAUGCAGAUGUUUCAGUUGCCUAAUGAACAAACCAAAACACUGAUGUUUUUUGAAGGCUGUCCACAGCACUUGGGCUGUACAAUCAAGCUUAGAGGAGGCUCUGAUUAUGAGCUGGCUCGAGUUAAGGAGAUCCUAAUAUUUAUGAUCUGUGUAGCUUAUCAUUCUCAACUAGAAAUCUCCUUCCUCAUGGAUGAAUUUGCUAUGCCUCCUACAUUAACACCAAACCCCUCCUUCCAUUCUCUGAUUGAGGGACAGGAGGAUGAAGGGGCUGCACAAGAGCCAUUCAGCGGAAGUCCCCUCCCCCGGGAGCCUGACUUCCCUUCGGACUUUCUGCCCUCUGAUGAUAGCAGUUUGCUCGAAUCAAGGAUUCUGUUUGAGAAGGGUGAUCAGGAAACUAAAAGUGUGCCACAGGAUGUUGCCUCUUCGAAGCAUCAAGAGCAUGCCCCGGCAGCUUGCCCAGCAGGUGCCCCCUGUGCUCUCUUUCCAUCGGUACCGGAAUCAUUGCUGCCUCUCCAUAUAGAUGAUCAGCAGGAUGCCAUAGGCAGUGAGCAGCCCGAGGCUUUGCAGCAAACAGAGGAGCUACAGGAUCCCAAAAGCCAGAUGAGAGCCUUUAGAGACCCUCUACAGGAUGACACUGGCCUGUAUAUUACAGAGGAAGUUACCUCCUCUGAAGAUAAACGAAAGACUUAUUCUUUGACCUUUAAACAGGAAUUGAAAGAUGUGAUCCUCUGUAUCUCCCCAGUCAUCACAUUCCGGGAGCCCUUCCUUUUAACUGAAAAGGGGAUGAGAUGCUCUACCCGAGAUUACUUUGCAGAGCAGGUUUACUGGUCUCCUCUCCUCAAUAAAGAGUUCAAAGAAAUGGAGAGCAGGCGGAAGAAACAGAUGCUCAGGGAUCUCUCUGGCCUUCAGGGCAUGAAUGGAAGUGUUCAGGCCAAGUCUAUUCAAGUCCUGCCCUCACACGAGCUAGUGAGCACCAGAAUUGCCGAGCACCUGGGUGAUAGCCAGAGCCUGGGGAGAAUGCUGGCCGAUUAUCGGGCCAGAGGAGGAAGAAUUCAGCAAAAAAAUGCAGACCCUUUCGCUUAUUCUAAGGAUGCAUCGGGUACUUCAAGUGGCAAAUCCGGAAGCAAAAGUGAAGGUGACGAAGAGAAAGGGUUGAUUACAAGUGAUGCAGUGUGGUCAACAAAGGUGGACUGUCUGAAUCCUGCCAACCACCAGAGGCUGUGCGUGCUCUUCAGCAGCUCUUCUGCCCAGUCCAGCAACGCUCCCAGUGCCUGUGUCAGUCCGUGGAUUGUAACAAUGGAAUUUUAUGGAAAAAAUGAUCUUACAUUAGGAAUAUUUUUAGAGAGAUACUGUUUCCGGCCUUCCUAUCAGUGUCCUAGCAUGUUCUGUGAUACCCCCAUGGUGCAUCACAUUCGACGCUUUGUCCAUGGCCAAGGCUGUGUGCAGAUAAUCCUGAAGGAGUUGGAUUCUCCAGUACCUGGAUAUCAGCAUACGAUUCUCACCUAUUCCUGGUGCAGAAUCUGCAAACAGGUAACACCAGUUGUUGCUCUUUCCAAUGAGUCCUGGUCCAUGUCAUUUGCAAAAUACCUUGAACUUAGGUUUUAUGGGCACCAGUACACCCGUAGAGCCAAUGCUGAGCCGUGUGGUCACUCCAUCCACCAUGAUUAUCACCAGUAUUUCUCCUAUAACCAGAUGGUGGCAUCUUUCAGUUAUUCUCCCAUUCGGCUUCUUGAAGUGUGUGUUCCAUUUCCCAAAAUAUUCAUUAAACGUCAGGUCCCACUAAAAGUGUCCCUCCUUCAGGAUCUGAAGGACUUCUUUCAAAAAGUUUCACAGGUAUAUCUUGCUGUGGAUGAAAGACUCGCAUCUUUGAAAACUGAUACAUUUAGCAAAACAAGAGAGGAGAAAAUGGAAGAUAUCUUUGCACAAAAAGAGAUGGAAGAAAGCGAGUUCAAGAGCUGGACUGAGAAGAUGCAAGCACGGCUCCUGUCUUCCUCUGUGGAGACCCCUCAGCAACUGCAGUCGGUCUUUGAGUCACUCAUCGCCAAGAAACAAAGCCUCUGCGAAGUGCUGCAGGCUUGGAAUAACAGGUUGCAGGACCUUUUCCAGCAAGAAAAGGGUAGAAAGCGGCCUUCAGUUCCUCCAAGUCCUGGAAGACUGAGGCAAGGGGAAGAAAGCAAGAUAAGUGCAAUGGAUGCAUCUCCACGGAAUGCUUCUCCAGGACUUCAAAAUGGGGAAAAAGAGGACCGCUUCUUAGCUACCCUGUCCAGUCAGAGCUCCACCAGUUCCCCCCACCUCCAGCUGCCCACUCCUCCCGAAGGCGUGCCGGAGCAGGCCGUGGGAGGGCCCCCAGAACUUGAUACCACCAGCAGUUCCGAAGAUGUAUUUGAUGGACAUUUGCUGGGAUCCGCAGACAGCCAGGUGAAGGAAAAAUCAACCAUGAAAGCCAUCUUUGCAAAUUUGCUUCCAGGGAACAGCUAUAACCCUAUUCCGUUUCCUUUUGACCCAGAUAAACACUACUUAAUGUAUGAACAUGAACGAGUGCCCAUUGCAGUCUGUGAGAAGGAGCCCAGCUCCAUCAUUGCUUUUGCUCUCAGUUGUAAAGAAUACCGGAAUGCCUUAGAGGAAUUGUCCAAAGUGACUCUGCGGAACAGUGCUGAAGAAGGGCUUUCAACAAACAGUACUUUAGACAGCAGACCAAAGAGUAGCAGCCCUAUUAGAUUACCUGAGAUCAGUGGAGGACAGACAAACCGUACAGCAGAAGUAGAACCACAACCAACCAAAAAGGCUUCUGGAAUGUUGUCCUUCUUCCGAGGGACAGCAGGGAAAAGCCCUGAUCUCUCUUCCCAGAAGAGAGAGACCUUACGUGGAGCAGAUAGUGCUUACUACCAGGUUGGGCAGACGGGCAAGGAGGGAACGGAGAAUCAAGGCAUUGAGCCUCAAGAUGAAGUAGAUGGAGGAGAUACACAGAAGAAACAACUCACAAAUCCUCAUGUGGAGCUCCAAUUUUCCGAUGCCAACGCCAAGUUUUACUGUCGGCUCUACUAUGCGGGAGAGUUUCAUAAGAUGCGAGAAGUGAUUCUGGGCAGCAGCGAAGAAGAUUUCAUUCGUUCCCUUUCUCACUCUUCUCCGUGGCAGGCCCGAGGAGGCAAAUCAGGAGCUGCCUUUUACGCGACUGAAGAUGAUAGAUUCAUUUUGAAGCAAAUGCCUCGUCUGGAAGUCCAGUCUUUCCUUGACUUUGCACCACACUACUUCAAUUAUAUUACAAAUGCCGUUCAACAAAAGAGGCCCACUGCAUUGGCCAAGAUUCUUGGAGUUUAUAGAAUUGGUUAUAAGAAUUCCCAGAACAACACUGAGAAGAAGCUAGAUCUCCUUGUCAUGGAAAAUCUUUUCUAUGGGAGAAAGAUGGCACAGGUUUUUGAUUUGAAGGGUUCACUUAGGAAUCGAAAUGUAAAAACCGAUACCGGGAAAGAGAGUUGUGAUGUAGUCCUGCUGGAUGAAAAUCUCUUAAAGAUGGUUCGAGACAACCCUCUGUAUAUCCGUUCUCAUUCCAAAGCUGUGCUGAGAGCCUCAAUCCGUAGCGACUCUCACUUCCUUUCUAGCCACCUCAUUAUAGAUUAUUCUUUGCUGGUUGGGCGAGAUGAUACCAGCAAUGAGCUGGUAGUUGGAAUUAUAGAUUAUAUCCGAACAUUUACAUGGGACAAAAAGCUUGAGAUGGUUGUGAAAUCAACAGGAAUUUUAGGAGGACAAGGUAAAAUGCCAACUGUGGUCUCUCCAGAGUUGUAUAGGACCAGAUUUUGUGAAGCAAUGGACAAGUAUUUCCUGAUGGUACCAGACCACUGGACAGGCUUGGGUCUGAACUGCUGAAACAAAGCACAUAUUUUGAAAUGGACCAGGAAGAAAAGGGGCCUGGAACCAAGGACUAAAAAUAAGCUACAUAUUUUAUUCCUUCAUCACAUUCACCACUGUAUGGAAAGCCCUUUCACUUCUGCAGCUGUGGAGGCCUGAAGGGUUAAAACUCCAUGGAUUUGCACUUUGGUUUUUGAUACCUACAAAUGAGCUAUCCAUAGGCUGGGACGUUGCAUGAACAUUUUGUUCACUUAAGCUGAAAUCUAGGCACAUUUCAAAGGGCUGAGGACAAAUGUAUGGUUAAGAGAUGAGAUAGGGUGAAAAAAUGGGUUGUCAUAUUUGCUAACAAUCCUGUUGAGAAAACAGUGUCUCAUAGAUUAUGACUCUCCCAGCAUCAUAUUGGACAGAUUCUUUACCUAGAAAGCAUUUGUAGAGCUGGUGAAUUUGUUUUGUGUUUCUUUUGUAACAAUUUAAUGUUACCUCUUAUCAGAAUUUCUGAAACCUUAAUAAUAUUCUGAAUUAUUUUAUUAGUGGCCAGUUAAACAAACAGAUUGAUGCAAUCUAUUCUUGUUUUACUGAGGAAUUUGACUUAAAUUGAGAAUCCUGUCAUGUUCUGUAUCUUGCCCUGUUUUCAGGUGUGUUUGAUAUUUUUCAAGUUCUGUCUCUACUUGUCUGUGGGUGACAGGAGGCUACAGCCAUUAACUUCAAGCCUUUUUUCUGGAGCUGUUUUUUUAAGCUUGUUUACAGCUUUUGUUCAAGUAAUAUGCUGAACUGCACUUGUCUACACAUGCUCAUACUCUAGGUUUUUCUCCCACUUUCAGGGAAACAUUAGUAAAUUAGUCUACAGUGACUAAAUCCCCAAAGGGAUAAUUAUUAAUGAAGGGUUUUUUUUAAUAUAAAAAUAAAUUAGGCCUGAUCCAAUAAAUUGGGUGAGGGAAGCACUUGCUUUAUUUUUUAUAAAGGUAAAGUAUCCUUUUCAAUAUAACUAGCAAUUUAUGUGGCAUCUAUAAAAUUAAGAAGUUUCCAGUAUGGACAUCCCUGUUUUCUAACUUUCUGUACCAGUUUCUAGGCCAGUUCUGACUCUUGAGAAAUGUUAACAGUUAAGAUAUUCUUAGUGAGAAACUUAUUGUUUACUAGAGUUUUUGUUUAUUUAAAAAGUGAUCAGAAGUAUACUAAACUGUCUUUGAGGAAAUAACACAACCCCGAAUAUUUUCUCUUGGUUUCUUUCCCGUAAUAAGGAUAAUUUGGGGUUUGUAAAGUUUUAAGGAUUCCACUCUUUUCAGGCUUCCUAUAGUAGCACGUUUCUAUUGCAACUUUCACAUAAGAAAGAAAUCUGGUUACAUUCCAAUUACAGAGACUAAGUAUGUAAAAUAGGAACAUUUUGGAAAGUUUGCUCGAGAAAACAAAAGCAUUAGUUUGGUGAUUGGUGCUUAUUAGAAACAUGGUUUGUUCUGUACUAGAAACAAACUGACCAAGGACUCACUGCUGAUCUGAUGAUAAGCACUUUUUUUCUUUUUUAACAUGUGAUGUGCCUUUUGAAAACGUACAGAACAAUGACGAUUUUAGUUUUGACAUCAAAGGCCAGUAAAGGAGGGCUUCCCUGGUGGCGCAGUGGUUGAGAGUCCGCCUGCCGAUGCAGGGGACACGGGUUCGUGCCCCGGUUUGGGAAGAUCCCACAUGCCGCGGAGCGGCUGGGUCCGUGCGCCAUGGCCGCUGAGCCUGCGCAUCCGGAGCCUGUGCUCCGCAACAGGAGAGGCCACAGCAGUGAGAAGCCCGCGUACCACCAAAAAACAAACAAACAAACAAACAAACAAACAAAAAGGCCAGUAAAGGAGUUGUACAGGGCUGAAAGAUGUGGAACAUUAUUCACUUCUCAUGUGUCAGGAACAUGGAUUUUGCAUCUCAUAUUGAAUGCAAACAUAUUUUUCAUCUGUUUAUUUUUUCUGUCAGGAGACUUAGGGUUAUUUAUCCUGUCCAUUUCCCUCACCCCAGUCAGGAGCACUUCCAGGGGCAGAUGUCUUCCCGCAGCUGUGAUCACGUUGUUUCAGUCUCAGUACCACGUGUAUAGCUUGAAUGCUCCAUUGGAAUAGCUCUUGACAAUAAUGUGUCAUGUUGAUUUUGUUUUCCUUGCCCAUGACUUGAAGAACCGAUUUUUUUUAAAGUACUGCUGCUGCUUAGGUAAUUUUGUGGCUAAAAAAAAUUCCAAUAUGAUAUAAUCUGAAACAAUAUUUGUUGCCUUGCAAGGGUGAUCUGUCCUUUUAAAACUGUCUUAAUGAAGGGGACAUAUAAAGUUUAAUUUGUUUUGAGUGGUAGAACUAUGUACCCGGCCUCUUGCUGCUCUUGUUUAGGCCACUACCAGAUACAUAAGGCUUUUCAAAUACUGUGUACUCAGUGUCAGGCACUGAAUGGCUGUUUACCUCUCUUGAAUUCCCUCUUGAGGCCUGGAGAACCUUGAUGAUGAUAAGUUAAGAACGAGGAAGAAAUCUUAAUACUUUCUUCUUUAGAAUAAAAACAUGAAUUCUGAGAAUAAUUGAUAGCACAAGAAAGCUAUGUGAACAUGUUGCAUUGUAUAAAAAUCUUAUUUAUAAAUGUGAAGUGUUUUGAUGCCAUCAAAACUUUAUUUAAAAAUAAAAAAGAUUCACUUUUUUCUUACCCAAGCCUAAGAAAAAUAAGGGGAAUAAGCUGUUGCAAGCCCUUUUGUAGUCUAUUGAAUAUUUUAAAUUUAUAGAUAUUCAAAUUUUCCUACAGAAUGUCCUACUUAUAAUUUUUUCCUUGAUCCAGCAGUGAGUGGUUUUCUAGCUUUGGCCUUUAUUGGGUAUUGUAAAUAGUAGGGUUGUAUUGUUUUUUGUGGCAUCAGCUUCUCCUUGGCUUUUUACCCAUUAGUGUCGUGGGCUUGUAUAAAACUGCUGAGGAAAGUAAUCUACCUGUAUAGAAUGCUUAGCUGGCAGAGUGAAAACCCUUGCGAAUGAGCCUGGUGGUGAAAUAGAUCAGGCCAUUCAUUAUUCCUCAAGUGUUAACAUACUGACUUAAGCAGUAUUCAAACCAUCUAGUGCAAUGCCUUUUUUGUUUGUUUUUGUAACAUGGGUGCAGUUGUAUUAUAGAAAAAUAAAAAUUACAAUCAUGAGCAGUUUUAUUAAUGCUGCUCUGCUUGUUUUGUAAAAAAUGUAUAUUACGUCUUUGACAGGUUUAAUUUUAACUAGAGAAAUGACAUUGUAAAUCAGA